CGCCCCGACUUUUGGCGGAGACAUUUGCGAAGCGAGUCUCUCUCUCUCCAAGAUGGCGGCGUGGGGAAGGAGGCGCGCGGGUCCCGGCAGCUCCAGCGGAGGUGGCGCCGGCGCUAGGGAGAGGGUCACCUUGUCUGCCACGGACUGUUACAUUGUUCAUGAAAUCUACAAUGGUGAGAACGCUCAGGACCAGUUUGAAUACGAGCUGGAGCAAGCCUUGGAGGCCCAGUACAAAUACAUUGUGAUCGAACCCACGCGUAUUGGGGACGAGACGGCCCGCUGGAUCACGGUUGGGAACUGCCUGCACAAGACCGCCGUGCUGGCCGGCACGGCCUGCCUCCUCACCCCGCUGGCCCUCCCCGUAGAUUAUUCCCACUACAUCUCCUUGCCGGCCGGCGUGCUGAGCAUAGCCUGCUGCACCCUGUACGGGAUCUCUUGGCAAUUCGACCCCUGCUGCAAGUACCAAGUGGAGUAUAAUGCCUAUAAACUUUCUCGCCUGCCCCUGCAUACGCUCACCUCCUCCACUCCCGUGGUCCUGGUGAGAAAGGACGACCUGCACAGAAAGAGACUGCAUAACACGAUAGCACUCGCGGCCCUGGUGUACUGUGUAAAGAAGAUUUAUGAACUCUACGCCGUAUGAUUGCGGCAGGAAAAAGGAGAAAACCUGGCAAAAGACAAAAAGUGUAUUAAAGACUCCCGCAGUAACAUUCGACUUUUUUCCUUCUUGAAGUGGUGGUGCCUGGGAAGCAGUUUAUUUUUAAAACAAAAAAAUGACAUGUCGCGGGUGCAUCAAGGGAAUUCUCAGUUCUUUUUUACACCUCAGACAUGGAUCUGCAGUGAAAUGGAACACUGUGAGAGUCCAGUCAAUAAUGGAAUGUCAAUGAAAGGAAGCGAUAUAACACAGGAGGGGGUGUGAGCUCUUUCUUUUUCUUUUCUUUUUUUGGAGAAACCUUUAAGUAUAUUGUUUAAUUGUAUUCUACAGAACCAGCUCAAAGUUAUCACUGACCAUUCAUUAAAGGAUGAGUAUUUCAA